GGCUAAAUUCAAAAAGGAUGAAGAGAUAAGGCUCCAUGGCCUUUCUCCCCGUGUGAUUCUGUUGCGAAGAAUUUCCCCAAACUGCUGCUUGCCGUGGUGAUGGGCUUGCUAGGCCGCCGGCUGGAACCACGUGCGUGGUGAUGUGCGCCACCACAGCCUAUAGGAGGGGCCAUGCUAGCGCGUGCACGCCAGCCGUUGGCCGCCUGUGUCGCCGGGCUGCGAGCCGCGACAUGGUGGUGCUCUGCCUAAGGGAGGAGCCGUGCGUUGGCUACCGCUGUCGAGAAGUGGGCGCCCCACUUGGCCUCUGCCGCCGUAGACCUCCAUGCCGAGGGAGGCCGCAGGUGCGAGCGCAACCAUGCAAGUCCAGGAGAAGCAGAGGAGGGCCGAGGCCACGCCCUGCGGGGAAGGUCACGCCGCGUCGCCGCGCCUUGAGGACGCGCAGCCGCACUGCGAGCCCAGAUCGUGCCUGAAGACCAUGGCGAUGCCUCGCCGUUUGCCGCCGCUGCCGUUGGCAGUUAUGUGGCGAGUGGAAGCGCCGGAGGGCGCCGUCGACACGGCCAUGCACCAGACCGAUGGACAUGCACACAGAUGCAUAAAUUCUAUUGGACUCGGAUUAGCCAAAUUCAGUAGUGGCAUUAUUCUCCUGGUCAAAAGUCACAUCACCUAAGAAAUACUAAAAAGGAAGGGGGGGAGUCCAUGAGAGGCAACAAAGGUCAGUAGUCAUAACCUGGACUUGACGGCGGUUGUGGCAGGAUACUGUGCAUGUCAGUUGUACUUGCGGCAGCUCGAGCCCAAGGCAGCCAAGAAGAAACCAUGUAUGUAUGGAAUGAAUGUCUGCACAGACAUAUUGUGUAUAAAUGAAAAUGAUACAAUGAUGGGUGGCAAACAAAAAGGGGUUGACCAACAGCGGAAAAAGUGUAACCAGAACUGUGUUCAUGUUUGAUAUUUCAAAUGAAGCAGCUUAAUUCA